AUGGCAAGAGUAAUUGCUCAAAUUAUAGUUAUCGGAAGUCAAAUAUUAGGGAAGGCUUUCAUAGAGGCAUAUAAACAAGCAGUAGCAAACGCGUCAAGAAAUAGUGGUGCAGCAGUAAAUAAUGGAGGGGGAGGCUCUUCGAGAGUUUUGGAUGCAUUAACAAGAAAAACCGGUAUGACUAUCGACGAAGCAUGUCAGAUAUUAAACGUGAAGAAAGAUAUUAUGAAUACUGAUCAGAUUACUAAGAAUUUUGACCAUUUAUUUAAAGUGAACAAUACAUCAACUGGUGGAUCAUUUUAUAUACAGUCUAAAGUUUUCAGAGCUAAAGAACGUAUCGAUAUGGAACUUGCAGCUAAGGCAAAAAAUUCAGAUAGUAUGUGA